GAGGCGAUAACAUGCAUUUAUGGGUGAACUAUCCCUUGAAUUAACUGAAAAUAAAUGUUCAAAAAUGAUUCCACGGACACAUUAUCAAAGCUUUCACAGACUGAUGUUGACAAUGGUGACAGCUUGCCAGUCACCUGCUGUGAUGAUCGUACCCUGAAUCUCAAAAGGGAGCACACCAUGAUGCUGUGCACACUGACGAGUUUUAGUUUAGUUUAGUCGCGUCGCGCGCUUGCAGUGAUGGGGCGUUCUUGCGUUAGCAAAAAGAUAGAUGCAGCGCAACGAAUAUAACACAACGCAGAUGUCUCGAGACGCCGAGUUCUUUUCAACCUGACACGGCGUGUAAUAACGCGGCGCAACGGUCAAAGACGCCCGUCUAGCGCAUGUUUACAAAGCGUGGAAGGACGCAGAUACGCACUCAAGAUGUUAAAUUUAUUCUCUCUUUGGACGGACGUCUUCAACGAUAGACGUUACUUUUCAACAUAAUUUUUAAGAGAUUUCCGCUUCCUGCUACUUUAAACCCGUUCAGCUGAUCACAAGCCGGGAGCUGAACUGACUGCUAUAGCGUGAACCCGAUCAAAAUAACUCCUCCACUACGGUGACUGUGGAAUAAAUGAAGCGUGGAGCGGGGGCGGGAACAUAAAGGGUCUCGUGCUAUAAAGGUGUCAUUGUUUACUCAGACAAUCCGCACGAGCGAGCGUAUGAACUGACCAAGAUCAUCAGCAGCAGCAGCACAGAUCUCGAGACUUCAGAAUGUCGGAGCGUGGAAGUCUUCAGCAGCGAACGGGAGCUCCGUCUCCCCACCUGCAGCCCCCCAGGUCGGUCACGAUUUCUUCGAGUCGCCCGUUUCAGAUGAACCUGUUCGCGACUUGGGAGAUUGACAGUUCCUCCCCGAGUUGCGUGCCCAGACUUCUCAGUCUAACUCUUAAAAAAUUAGUGAUUUUGAAAGAGCUGGACAGAGACCUUACAUCGGUGGUCAUCGCAGUCAAACUUCAGAGCUCAAAGCGUAUUUUGCGGUCUAAUGAAAUCAUGCUGUCCUCUGCUGGGCUUACAGAGACUGAUCUUCAGCUCACCUUCUCUCUUCAGUAUCCACACUUUUUGAAGAGAGAUGCUAACAAGCUCCAGAUCAUGCUUCAGAGGCGCAAGCGGUACAAGAAUCGCACUAUACUAGGCUAUAAGACCCUCGCAGUAGGACUGAUAAAUAUGGCUGAGGUGAUGCAGCACCCUACAGAAGGUGCUCAGGUGUUGGGUUUGCACAUGACAGUAAAGGACACAGCAGUGCCAGUUGCUGAGAUCCAUGUUGAUUCUCUCUCCAGUCAGCCCAUUGACCCAGAGGGACCAAAGGCCAAACUGUCAGAUCGUUCACCUGACAUUGAUAAUUACUCUGAGGAGGAAGAGGAAAGCUAUUCAUCAGAGCAGGAUGGCAGUGAUGACCCCCUACAGGGGCAGUACAUCUACGAUGAAGAGGAUGAACUGAGGAAGAAGAAACCACGUCGUAAACUCCCCUCCACAGCCUCCAUCACCAGAGCUAAUCAACCCAACAUAAAACAGAAACUUUUGGCAUUGGUGAAAUGGUUCAAAGUGUCUGAUGAGGUGGGGUUUGGUUUGGAUCAUGUGUCCCAGGAGCAGAUCCGGGAUGUGGAAGAGGACCUGGAUGAGCUCUAUGACAGUCUUGAGAUGUAUAACCCUAGUGACAGCGGCCCAGAGAUGGAGGAAACAGACAGUAUUCUCAGCACUCCCAAACCCAAACUUCGGUAUACAACAUUCCUUAUCUGGCCAUUUUUUGAAGGCAUCUCACAGUCCAACUCUAAGACAGAGUUUGGUAGCUUGAAAAGCAGGUGCAGCUUCAGCAAAGACAGGCUGAGCCCUAAGAGUGAACAGCCUAUUUCUGGUAAAAUCCAGCGUUCCCCUAGUGCACAUCUGGAUGAUGCUUUCUCUGACAUGGGCACACUUGAACACAAUGAAAUGGAGGUAAUAGGAGACGGCACCCCUAGCAUCACUGUAUCUGUGGUGGAAAGGCCCCGGACCCCACAGAGGAGCAGUAGCACCAACAUGCCAUCUCCCAGCUGUGAAAUUCUCCCCAGGCUGGAUGGAGGUCACACCCCUAAACUGAAGCGAGGGACCCCAAUGAAAGAGAGACAACUGUCCAAACCUCUCAGCGAAUGCACAAACAGCUCAGACAGUGAAAGAUCACCUGAGCUCAGCUUUACCCCUCAGAUGCCAAGGAAGAUAGUGUACGACCAGCUGAACCAGAUCCUGCUGUCAGACAACACCCUUCCCGACAGCCUAAUCCUGGUAAACGGCAGCGAAUGGCAAGGACAGUAUGUGACUGAGCUGCUGCAGGCCCAGAAGCUACCAGUGGUUUGCACCUGCUCUGGAUCAGAAAUCCAGGCCAUCCUUUCUGCCCUACUCACACGCAUACAGAAAUUCUGUAACUGUAACUCUGUCAUGCCCAAACCGGUGAAGGUGGUGGCGGUCGGAGGUCAGAGCUACUUUGGAGUCAUCUUGAGAUUUUUCGUCUUUCAGUUGGCCAACAAGAUGUCUGACUGGCUCAGCCACAUGAAGUUUCUUGUGGUGCCUUUAGGCUCUCACCCUGUGGCCAAACACCUGGGUUCACUGGAUAAUCGCUACAGUUUCUCCUUCCUGGACAGCUCAUGGAGAGAGUUAUUCAGCCGCUCUGAGCCUCCUCAGACUGCCUCAUCCACGUCUGACUUUGUGGAUGUGGCGGGACGAAUUCUACAAUACAUCAAUGGGUCUACAGUCACUCAUCAGCUCCCUAUUGCUGAGGCCAUGCUGACCUGCAAACAUAAGACGCAAGAUGAUGAUUCUUACCAACAUUUUGUUCCUUUUGUGGGUGUAGUCAAGGUGGGAUUGAUAGAGCCCAGUUCAGGAUGUUCAGGUGGAGAUUGUGAGGAGGGUGUGGCUUUGAGCUUGGCAGUUCCCUCGACGUCUCCCCCUGCUCAUGGAUCACCCACUGGAAUGAUGAAAGAUUCUGCCACGCCACCCCCUUCGACAUCACUAAGCGGUGGAUUGGCUGCUCUAGGGAGCCCCAGCAUGUCUCAUGGGGUGGAUGCCAUUGGGCUGCAGGUGGAUUACUGGGUGUCUUCAGGGCUCGAUAAGCGUAAAGAUGGAGAGCGUAGAGACACAGGCAACAAGAACACUUUGAAGUGUGCGUUUCGAUCCUUGCAGGUCAGCCGGCUGCUCAGCUCUGCCUCUUGUGAGCUCCAGUCUGGCUCCAACACCAUGUCCAUGACUGUAGUAACCAAGGAGAAGAACAAAAAAGUCCCAACCAUCUUCCUGGGGAAGAAGCCUAAAGAGAGAGACACUGAGUCAAAGAGUCAGAUUAUUGAAGGCAUCACCAGACUUAUAUGCUCAGCCAAGAAUCAACAAACUAGUCUCAGAGUGUCUGUAGAUGGAAUGGAGUGGAAUGACGUCAAAUUCUUCCAGCUUGCAUCUCAGUGGCCCACUCAUGUUAAGUACAUCCCAGUGGGGCUGUUCGGCUACAGCAAAACAUCCUCCUAGUUACCUCUGACUUGGGCCAAACCUUGGCAGAUGUCAAGUUUCCUGAACCUGCUUGGCCUUCAGACCAAACAGAGGGCCAGUGGUUCUACUUGAGGUGGAUGUGCUACAUGUAGAUGGUAGACACUGGAUCCAAAGUGAGAGAUCUAGAAAAUCCUCAUCAAAGACAAAGACACUGUCAGUGAUUGGUGGGAUGUUUGAUGUCAUGUUUGGCCUUUAGAACGCCAGGGCAGACAACAAUACUUCAGGAUGGAUCGUUAUUCAGUUGAGGAUGAUAUUUGUGAACUUUUUUUGUGAGUGUUUUGUCAGCCAUGCAAUAAUUUAUAAGUAUUGUAUUGAGUUUACAUUUAAAUGGCACUUGAUAAUAUUUGUGAUUUAACAUGUUUUAUCCGCUGAAGUUGUCAGAAUUAUGGAGUGUAAUUUUAUUAUAUGAUUUCGAUGUGUGAUUAUAUCAAAGCGUAUUUGAAUUGCAUAAUCUGAAGUGAUCCAUUACCAUACCUUACUGAAUAAUCUUGCACAUCCAAAGCUUUUCAAAGACACUUUGUUUUGGUGAAAAAAAAAAAAAAAAUCCUUUAAAAGAUUUAUUGAAGAAUAUUUUUGUAUAUGUAUGAAGGAUACUACUGUCUAAUUGUAUUGACAUAUACUGUAUAUUUGUUUGCUUAUGAUGUGAUUUUGUUAUGUAUACAUACUAUGUAUAUGUAUAUAUAUAUAUAUAUAUAUAAAAAUUCAUAUUUUAGAAUAGUAAAGUCAUCAAAACUAUGGAAUAACAAAUGGAACUAUGGGAAUUAUGUUGUGACUAAACAAAAUCCAAAAUAAAUCAAAACUAUGUUAUAUUUUAGCAUCUUCAAAGUAGUCACCCUUUGCCUAGAAUUUGCAGACAUGUACUCUUGACAUUUUCUCAACCAACUUCUUGAGGUAUCACCCUGGGAUGAUUUUUAAACAGUACUGAAGGAGUUCCCAUCUAUGUUGGGCACUUAUUGGCUGCUUUUUUUAUUAUUUGGUCCAAGUCAUCAAUUUCAAAAACAUUUUUUUUUUUUAAUUACAUUUUAGUUUUAUAAUGAAAUAAAUUAAUAUGGUGGAACAAUUAUAUUUUAGUCUACAAAACUAAUUUCAAACAUUUAAGCAUCCGCCUUCAGAUCAAAAGAUUUUUAAGAUCAUGAGAAACAUUUCGGUCAAGUGUUUCAAAACUUUUGACUGGUAGUUUGUUU